UCUUGAUCGACUGUUGCUUUCUCACUCUUCCUUGACAGAGAUCAGAAGCAGACUCAAGAUGCCUCUGACUGAGAUGGAACAAUGCAUCCAGACCAUCCUGAAGCACUUCCAUGAGUCCGCAGGCAAAGAGGGCAACUAUGAUACCCUCAACAAAGCUGAGCUGAAAGGGUUCAUCACCAAGAACUUCCCAAACUACAUGAAGAAAGUGACGGACCCUAGCAUACUCGAUAAUGUGUUUGAACAGAUGGACACCAACAAGGACCAGGAGAUCAGCUUUGGGGAAAUCAUGCAGUUCGUCACCAUCGUGGCCAUUCUGAGCCAUGACCGCCUCCAUGGGGGAAGUGAGUCUUCUGCUCAGUGAGGCCAGUAGUCCCAGCAAACGUCUAUGGUACAAGCCCAGUGCAGGGAUUCCCCUCGACUUCCUUGUUUGACGCUGCCACUGGAAGACAAUAAAGA